UUCGAGUUUGCGGAGAAGUGCCAUUUAUCAAUGAGUUCUUGCGGGAUCCAGCUUUGUAAAACGUUUUCACCUUUGAAUAUAAUAAGAGGAUCGAUGGCCGUUCCAUCUAUGCAAAUACACUCAACCGUAGACACCCAUUCUUGUCGGCCUUGGUGUGCUUGAUGGCGUGUACGGAGGCUGGAAUCAACAAUGAUUCGAGUACUCUCUAUAGUUCCAAUCGAAAACCCCGUCUCAUCCAUAUUAUACACGUUAUGUUCUUUGAUUUUCAGACCCGUCACAAGGUCCUUGUACGCGUCGAACCACCCUACUAACACUUCUUUUGUAACUCCGUUCAUCCUUUGCGAUUCGAUUCUUCUUCCUAGUCAGACUUGUAGGUGUGGAUGUCGUUUAAUAAAGCGUGGAACCCAAUCCUGUCUAAGCGCAAAGUUCGGAAUCUGUUCGUGGGUGUGCUCGUCGUCAGAGUGUUCGUGAUCUUCGAAAACGCGGCAGUGGUUUAUACGGAUCUCAUCUGCAACCUCCCGUAAUAGGUAUUAUGGGAGGUUGCAGAUGAGAUAGGUAUCUAGUGACUAGGCGCGUAUCCACCUUUCGUAAGGACCUUUAUCCACUUUAAUAACGUUGCUUCUUGGUUUUUCGAGAGGAGUUGUUGUUUCUGUCGCGCUUCUGUCUGUGAAGGCAUUCCUCGGACGCGGUUAGCAACAGUAUUCUUACAGAGACCUAACGCUUUUGCAGCUGCAUAAGAAUUUAUAUUUGCCAGGCUGGACGCCUAAUACUGCCUCUGCUACCCGGAUAUCAACUUCUUGCGCUUUUUGGCUUCUUCGACGUACCAUUGCUGUGUUGGUUAUCAUUUACUUGGGUGGUGGGGUUCGCGUUAGGCCAAGUACGCCACACGCCCAAGUACGCCACGACUUACGUUACAGGGCUCAGGAGGCCAGUCAAACAUCAGACCGCCACCCAACAGUCUUUCCAAUGACAUAUCUUCGAAACGGAACACAUCCGCUCUUUACAAAAUAUUACACUGAUUCGCAUACACACGUUCGUGCCUGGAAGCGCCACAACAUGAUAUCUCAUUGAACAAGAUAUACUCAUAAAUCCGUGACGACAUCUGCCUCGCGGCGCCCCCCACCCCCCCCAAAGACACGAUGGAUACGGCGAAGCAACAGCAGGCUUCUAGCUCAAAGUUAGCUGCAUCCCCUACGAUACUGAGUACGAACGAUAUGCCGCCCGCAAUUCCGGAGGCCACACCGGCGCCAGGAGAAGAGUCGUCAAUGUUGCCGCCUCCCGUACCUGAGCCGAGGAGCAGGCCACUAUCGUUAGUAUCGAAGAAGAACAAUCGGUUAUCAAUUAGCUUUCCAGUGCAACCAUCCGGGACAAUGUCCCCUGGGAGACAGACACCGACUCAAAACUCUGCAUUUCCAUCACCCCUCGCUGCCAAUCAAUCGGCGUUACCGUCACGGCAAGAUUCACCAGGGUUUAUGCAAGCUUUAGCUGGACAAGAGCGAAAGGUCUUCGAGCUCCGAGAAGAACUGAACCGAGCUGAAGUGGAGCUUAAGAAGCUUAAAACACAAUGGGCGAUUCACGAAGCAGAUAAGAAGAGGGCAGAAAUUAGGCUGGUGCGGAGGCUCGAGCCGAUGCAACUAGAGGACACAAUCCAGGGCCAAGCCACCCCAUUGGGCGAUGAAGAUAUUGCUAGAAGGAGUGCUGAGCUUGAUCGCCGAAAGGCGAUUCUUGCGGUAAACGUCACCAAAGUUUCGAGGAGGAAAAUAAUCACGGGUGGCCAUACUCGCGCGCUAUCGUUGUUAUCUCGAGAUAGGUCUCCGAAUGGGCAGUACCCAAGCUUCGAUACUGUCGAGAGGAGUAGGGAUGGUUUUGACGUUGGCCCCGGUCUUCCUGCGAUACCCCGGAAGAUGACGAUGCCGGAUACCAGACAAGGCCUUUCUAGGGUCACCUCAGAUAGAGCAAGGCAUUCUUACCAGGGCAGUACGACUAUUGGCGUUAAGCAAAUUGCUGAGGAUUUAAAGGCUGGGUUAUGGACAUUUAUGGAGGACUUGAGACAGGCAACUGUCGGUGAAGAAGCCCUCGAGCGACCUCCCACAGGUGAAGAGUCGGGUAGGUUUGUAGACAAUUCUAGAACAAUCGCAAAUACCACAGGAGCGAAAAAGGCCAGCCAUGGACCGAUAGCAAAGAAGUCCACUAGCAGGGACCGUGGGGCAGCUUCGACUUCGAAGGCAGUUCCAGUGUCGAGGGCAAAGGAUACUGGCCCGCAGUCACUAUCACAGACGCAACCUACCCAACCGUCAACUCCGCCGCCGAAUAAAACGACCAUGUCUACCUCGACAGUCGACGAUGAUUGGACAAAUUGGGACUCCUCUUCUUCAAAGGAAGCUUCACCUCGGUGGAGCAACAGUACCAUGCCAUCGUCGGAUGACGCUAGCGAGGCGGGGAAACCAUGCGCCGAGUCUAGUGAUCUAAAGGAAUCUUUGAUAACCGACACGCCUCCUGUGGAAGAAGAAUCACCCUGGGCGGCAUUUAAUAAUUUUACUCCUGUGAAUUUGAAGCGCACAGCAUCGAAUUUCAUAAAAGAGUUUGAAAAUAGUCUCACGCCUCCGUCACAAUCACCCAGCAACGGCCGCGAUAACCCCGGGAUGCAGUUGUCCAAGGACAAAAUUAUCUUCGACAACGAGGCACGACUUCUACUGAACAACCUGCCUUGAAAUGGCCAGAUGUAUAUAAUGCGCCUAACGAACUUACUGAUGCUGGAUACGGACGCUUAUCGACGCUGGGUCUGUACGAUUACUGAUACCGGAUAUCGGCGAUUUUUGAUGGUAGAAGCUUAUUUAGAUUCUAUACUCGUGCUGCUCAAAUCUCUUGAGUGGCUGUGCGCACGGGAGAAUAUCAAUUUUGGAUGUAGAUCCGUUUGCCCUGUGUUAUUGUUAUAUGUGCUCAACUCCUAUAUGCACUGCAGAGGUGCUGUCAACGCUCACUGGUCCCACAAAUACCCUUCUACACUUUUCACGACCACAAGCACUGUGGUUCAUCCCCUUUGUGCUUUGCCACUCGAGCCGCAGAAGGCAGCAAAAUUAAUCGAUGUUCACGUGCUCAUUUAAAAACCUCUCGAUUCCUGAAUAAUUAUAUCUUUCAAAUAAGAAGCCAUAAUCAAUGCCAUAGAUAUAUAUAAGACACGUU